CGCAUAAAAAAGAACAUAAUACAAGUGUACGACAGGACGACGAGGCCCGUGAAGAACGACAGGACACCAGUCACCGUCAACCUCGCAAUUUCCUUGUACCACAUCCUCGAUACGAACGAAAAAGAACAAACGUUCACUUGUCUGUUGGCAAUCAGAGAACGUUGGGAGGAUGAAUACUUAAAAUGGAACAAAUCUGAAUACGAUAAUGUCGAGACCAUUAGGAUACCGGCCAACAAGCUUUGGAUUCCCGAUCUCGUCAUUUCAAAUUUCGCAGGUGACAAGUUCAACGACUACCUGAUGACGAACGCCAUCGUCUACCACAGCGGAUCCGUCAUGUGGAUGUUUCCCGCCCUCAUCAAAACUUAUUGCACUCUCAAUGUUAAAUAUUUCCCAUUCGAUAGUCAAACUUGCGACAUAGUUCUCAUUUCGUGGACCUACAACGGACAUGAGCUGGAUUUGGUUUACAACGAGUCCAAUGAAAGAAAUGAAGUUUAUUAUGUUUCAAAAAAUCAAGAAUGGGCCGUUGAGAAAAUAACCACUGAACGGCACGAGAAGAAAUAUGCCUGCUGCGUUGAACCCUAUCCAGACAUAACAUUUACAAUUCACAUGAAAAGAGGAAGCCUCUUCUACAUAGUCAAUCUUAUCGCUCCAUGUUUCCUCAUAUUUCUCAUAAGUUUUUUGGGAUUCUUUCUUCCAGUAGAAUCUGGAGAAAAAGUGAACCUAGAGAUGACAAUAUUAUUGGCUUUGGUUGUUUUUUUGCUGAUGGUUGGAGAAUCAAUGCCACCUACCCCCGACGCCAUUCCAAUUUUGGGUUACGAUCAUUUCAAUUAA